AUGUCGGGAAACUAUCAACAUUUAUCCAACGUAGGGUCGCGUGUCAUGAAAAGGCUAGGAAAUCGACCCAAGAAUUUUCUUCCUCAUAGUGAAAAAUUCAUUAAGAAGUCUACUCCCGAGUUCAUGAAAACAGAUUUGAGGGAAGUAGAUGAGGAGACCAGUUUUAAGAGUGAAAAGGAAUGGAAAUAUUUACCUGGAGACAGGGUGGUAGUAAUGAGUGGAACUUCUAAGGGGAGUAUUGCUGUAAUUAAAUCAUUUGAUAAAAGAACAAAUGCGUUUAUAUUGGACGAAAAUGGGCCUACCAAGACUGUUCCUGUUCCUAAGCAAUUUUGGCUUGAAGGUCAGACCUCUCACAUGAUCACAAUCCCGGUUUCAAUUUUAGGAAAGGAUUUAAGGUUGGUUGCUGAUAUUGACGAUGAAAAAGCGCCAGGAAAAACAAGAACGGUGGCGGUAAGGGAAGUUUCUUUUAAUGGUUCCUACUAUGAUGAAGACUACAAAAAGGUAAUGCCAUACAGAUGUGUGAAAGGCCAACCAGAUUUGAUCAUUCCAUGGCCUAAACCAGAUCCAAUUGAUGUACAGACAGAUCUAGCCACAGAUCCUGCAAUUGCCAGAGAACAAACCUUUUGGGUCGAUUCUAUAGUGAGAAGUCCCAUUCCAAAGAGGGCAAUACCAAGUCUUCGUAAUCCUCAUUCCAAAUAUAAAAGGGGCACUCUGACAGCGAAAGAUAUAGCUAAGCUGGUGGCGCCUCAAAUGCCUCUGACGGAUGUUAAGAAAAGCUAUUUAAAGGAAAAGGAGCAGUUUGCUCAGAGAGAGAUAGCAAAAUUGACUGAAGAGGAUAUGGAAGCUAUAGGGGCCAGAGUUUUUGAAUUUUUAGAAAAUCAAAAAACAGAAUAA